AGCGGUGGUACCGGAGAAUGAGAGAGAUACUAAAGAACCAUCAUCGAAGCACACWUUGGACCUGCAAGUCCUUUAGUUUUUAUUUCAAUUUUCUUGUUUCUCCAGGUGUGUUAUAGUAUCAGUUAAGAUGGCCACGUCCGCCAGCGCCAGCUUGAGUAAAACCAUCAAGCAUCAGUACAUGGAACUCCCCCAGGGGGAUAAAGUCCAGGCCAUGUACAUUUGGGUUGAUGGAACAGGAGAGGGGCUCCGGUGCAAAACAAGAACUCUUGAUUUUGAGCCCAAAAGUAUUGAAGAUCUCCCUGAGUGGAACUUUGAUGGCUCCAGUACCUACCAGGCAGAAGGUUCCAACAGCGACAUGUAUCUGAUUCCUGCUGCCAUGUUUCGCGAUCCGUUCCGCAAAGAUCCCAACAAGCUGGUCCUGUGUGAAGUCCAGAAGUACAACCGCAAACCUGCUGAAACCAACCUUCGCAUCACAUGUAAGAAGGUGAUGGAGAUGGUGGGAGACCAGCAUCCCUGGUUUGGCAUGGAGCAGGAGUACACCAUACUGGGCACAGAUGGACAUCCCUUUGGCUGGCCGUCCAAUGGCUUUCCUGGACCACAAGGUCCAUAUUACUGUGGAGUUGGAGCUGACAAAGCCUAUGGCAGGGAUAUUGUAGAGGCUCAUUACAGAGCAUGUUUGUAUGCCGGAGUCAACAUCUGUGGAACAAAUGCAGAAGUGAUGCCUGCCCAGUGGGAGUUUCAGGUUGGACCAUGUGAGGGGAUUGACAUGGGCGAUCAUCUGUGGGUGGCGCGCUUCAUCUUGCACCGUGUCUGCGAAGACUUUGGUGUUGUGGCAUCGUUCGACCCCAAGCCCAUCCCAGGAAACUGGAACGGCGCAGGCUGCCAUACAAACUUCAGCACAAAAGAAAUGAGGGAAGACGGUGGACUAAAAGCUAUUGAAGAGUCCAUUGAGAAGCUCGGAAAGCGUCAUGAGUACCACAUACGUGCCUACGAUCCUAAAGGGGGUCUCGACAACGCCCGCCGCCUCACUGGCCACCACGAAACGUCAAACAUUCAUGAAUUCUCCGCAGGCGUAGCCAACCGUGGCGCCAGCAUUCGCAUUCCCCGCAGCGUCGGMCAGGAGAAGAGGGGCUACUUUGAAGACCGACGCCCGUCAGCCAACUGUGAUCCAUACGGCGUGACCGAGGCUCUGAUCCGCACUUGUCUGCUGAGUGAAGAGGGCGAGGAACCGACGGAUUACUAAAACCCGCAACUCCGACUGACUUUUACCGCCCUCCCAAAUUUCUUUAAAAUAUACUAGUACUGUAUUUUUUUUUUUUUCUCCCACUAAGAUGAUUUUUAACUUACAAUGCUAAUGGUUUAAAGUUGGCUGGUCAACUUGAAACAAGGUAAUGAGAUACUUGGUAGUUGUGAGCUGGUGAUGUCGGGGUACACCUCUCCUUGUGUCAUUAAACAGGGAUUGGCUUUUGUAACGCUGUUCUUAGCCCAUGCCAUAUCAUUCCCUCUUUGUCUGUCUGAGACUAAAACAAACUAAAGCACAAGGACAUUGCAGAGUAGGGCAGCUAAGGCUGGACAACUUGUGUAAAAUUAAUAAAUGUGACUAGUUCUUGUGCUGUUAAUGUGUUGACCUGACUAUCCAGUCCUCAAUGUUACUAAUGUUCUCAUUCUAUGAAGUGUCUGGUUUUUAAAAAAACAAAAAUGUUUGUCCUCAAAUUCUGGCACAUUUUGGUCAACUUGUAUGGUACACUUGUAGAUGUCCCAGACAUGAGUUGUUAUAAAGUGGUGGCCCUUUCCAUAAUGCCAUUUGUAAAGUUUCCUCAAGGAGUUUUAUCCUUUUAACUGCGAUAUAUUGUAAUGCACCCGUUUUGGUAAAACAUCAAGUUUACUGAACCUGGUGAUUUUUAUUGAUGCAUUUAAAACAUUUAUUUUUAUCACAAAUAYGUGUGUUUGAGUCUUGUAUUAAAUUGUCUUAUUUGGGAUUUGCUCAUGCAGAUGGCAAGACUUAAUGAUGCAUUGCAUAAAUAYUUUAAGUGAGGCAAGAUUCACUUUUUUUUUUUUGUUUAAAUGAGGAUUUAGAAAAUUUUUUUUUUUUAGCAAAGCUGACAGUGAAGCAUCCAUUCUGUUGGACAUGACGGACAAAAAGGAAAACUGGUCUCAAGUAGCCAUCUAGAGAGAUGCAGGCUGGUCUGCAGAUUGCAGAGUAUCUGCUCUAAUUUGCUGAAACACUUCAAACAUCCCAUGCUGAAGGAUCAUAAGAAACUAAACAGAACAGCAAAAUGAAAUGCACCCAAUGGUAACAAGUCCAGUUUAGCAGGUUGUACCUUCUCAUAUGCCAAAAACGUUCUGUGGUCUCAGCUUGGCAUAUAUCUAACCAACCGUUCCAACGCCAGCUUUGUUCUCAAGGUUGUUUUUCUUCUGUCUCCUGUGGGCGGAAACUGGAUAGUGAGGCACUCAUAGUUAWUAGGCUCUUUCAAUGCAAUGGCCUGAGGACAAUAUCCCCGUCGGUUCUGUCAAAACUCCUUUWCACUCAUUGUUAGGGGUGACGUCUCUGACUUUGCCUGUGACCUGGUUUUAACUUUCAGUAUUACAGAUAUCUGUAUUUCUAGCACGGGAUUUCUUCAGGAAUUACAAAGUCUAAGCUAAAUAAGUACCUGAGUACUCUGUGUCCUUGCAUCCGUUAGCUGGUGUUGGACUUUGGUGAGAAUUUWUUUUUUCAUGCUUGCACGAGACAUAAAUAUGCAUUUCUGCUGUGCUCUCCCUUCCAGGGGGAAGGGCCACUGAGUUUGUUUCUGAGACCUUUCACCUAGAUCCCAGCUGCUUCACAACAUAAAGUUGUUAGUGCACUGAUUGGCUCUCUCACUGCAACAAACUAAUCUCAAAAUGAAGGGCUGGUUCCUGUGUGAGGAAUGAGAGCUGGACYGAAAAAAAGACUGAAAAAAGCUGUUCUCUAGCUUUUUUGUUGUUGUUGCUGCUGUUCUUUAAAUCAUAAACCUUGUUCUACCCUUCA